AUUUGUUGUGAAGCACCGAAUUCGUGACAAAGCAAUAAUAUUGUAAUUUCGAGGAAACCAGAAGAGAAACAUGUUCCGCAACCAAUACGAUAGCGACGUGACGGUAUGGAGUCCACAGGGCCGUCUACACCAGGUGGAGUAUGCAAUGGAGGCCGUAAAGCUUGGUUCCGCAACAGUGGGAUUGAAAAACAAGGAUUAUGCCGUUCUGAUUGCUUUGAAACGAGCUUCGUCCGAGCUGUCGUCCCACCAGAAGAAGAUCAUUUCCAUCGACGAUCAUCUAGGUCUGUCGUUCGCCGGUAUCACGGCUGAUGCCCGAAUCCUCAGCCGCUAUCUGCGCCAGGAGUGUCUGAACUACAAAUAUUCCUACGAUGCGUGCUAUCCAGUAGGACGCUUGAUUAGCAAUCUUGGCAACAAGAUGCAAGUCUGCACACAACGGUAUGACCGGCGUCCGUACGGCGUUGGGUUACUGGUGAUCGGUUAUGAUGACCAGGGACCGCACAUCUACCAAACAUGUCCAAGCGCCAAUUUCUUCGACUGCAAAGCGAUGUCAAUUGGAUCCCGUUCGCAGAGCGCCCGUACGUAUCUCGAGAAGCAUCUGGCUACGUUCCCAGAUUGCACAAAGGACGAGCUCAUUCGUCAUGGCGUGCAGGCGCUUCAAGAUACGCUGCCCAACGAGGUGGAGCUGAACAACAAGAAUAUAUCGAUCGCAAUCGUGGGCAAGGGAGAAAACUUCCACGUGCUGGAUGAACAAGAGAACGAUAAAUACUUGAGCAACAUAGUGCGUCGUGGUGGUGCGGCUGCUGAGGCAUCCGCCAGUGGCCAGCCACCCCGUGAUGAUGGCGACGAUCAACCCCCAAACGUACCAGCGGAUCCGAUUCCGGUAGUGGCGAUGGAAACGUAAAUGAAUCGCAUCCGCUUAUAGGGGGGUUGUGUGAUAUGGAACCUUCAGCAACGUUUCCGAAGCAUCGCUACAACUUUGGCCCGACCCGGAAUGUUGCAUUGCAUUUCCAAAACUGAUGGGUGGGAGUUUGAAGUGCAAUGAUAUUUCAAACUCCCACCCUGUGUGUAUCGGUUCAAAAGAAUACAGAAACUCUCCCACUGGGUGAUGGCUUCACUGCGAAUUGUAUUUUCAAUAAAAAUAAAAACGAAUGUUCAUUCUAAU